UCUCUCUCUCUCUCUCUCUCUCUCUCUCUCAGGGCGAGCGGCCGGCCAUGGCGCACUCGAAGGCGCGGCCGAGCGACGGCAGGAUCACCUACCCGCCGGGCGUCAAGGAGAUCUCGGACAAGAUCUCCAAGGAGGAGAUGGUCCGCAGGCUCAAGAUGGUGGUGAAGACGUUCAUGGACAUGGACCAGGACUCGGAGGAGGAGAAGCAGCUGUACCUGCACCUGGCGCUGCACCUGGCCUCUGACUUCUUCCUCAAGCACCCGGACAAGGACGUGCGGCUGCUGGUGGCCUGCUGCCUGGCCGACAUCUUCCGCAUCUACGCGCCCGAGGCGCCCUACACGUCCCCGGACAAGCUCAAGGUGGGCGGGGCCGGGGGCGGGGCGCCCUACACGUCCCCGGACAAGCUCAAGGUGGGCGGGGCCGGGGGCGGGGCCGGGGAGGAGUCAGCGCCGGGGGCGGGGCCUGCUGCCUGGCCGACAUCUUCCGCAUCUACGCGCCCGAGGCGCCCUACACGUCCCCCGGACAAGCUCAAGGUGGGCGGGGCCGGGGGCGGGGGCCGGGGAGGAGUCAGGGCCGGGGGCGGGGCCUGCUGCCUGGCCGCCAUCUUCCGCAUCUACGCGCCCGAGGCGCCCUACAAGUCCCCGGACAAGCUCAAG